GGUGGCAGCAGUAUCGGUGCAUUCAAAGAACAAGUUUUGGGAGUGGCGUCUAAAUUUCUGUGUUAUUUUGAUCGAUUUUAAUUUGGUUUUUUAACAUUUGUUUUUGAUAAUGAUUUGGACGAGAAUAGCGGCCGUAUUGGUUGCCAAUUUUUUUAUCAUCGUUACUGGACAACGAUUCCCUACCAUUUCAUACAUCUCUCAGGAGAAAGUAAUUGACAUUGGUGGAUCCAUUGAAUUAGAAUGCUCAGUGCAAUACGUCAGAGAUUUCCCUGUUUUGUGGAUUAAAAUAGACAAUGUUGACCCCUCCAGGACCAUCCCACUUUCCACUGGCUCUAACCUUAUUGUUAAAGACAGCAGGUUCAGCUUGCGCUAUGACCAAGCCAGCUCCACAUACACCCUACAGAUCAAGGACAUCCAAGAAAACGAUGCUGGUAAAUACCAGUGUCAAGUCCUGUUGACGGUGACAGAGAAAAUCUCUGCAGAUGUUGCAGUCUCUGUCCGUAUCCCACCCAUCAUUUUUGACAAUUCCACAAGAUCUGUGGUAGUCAGCGAGGGAGAAGGUGUCAAACUAGAAUGCUAUGCUGGUGGAUAUCCAGCACCAACGGUAUCUUGGCGUCGUGAAAACUAUGCCGUGCUACCCACGGGAGGUUCCCAGUACCGCGGUAACAUUUUAACAAUCCCAAGUGUCAGCAAAAACGACCGUGGCACAUACUACUGCGUUGCCGAAAACGGCGUGGGUAAAGGCAAGCGUCGAAAUAUCGCAGUCGAGGUCGAGUUUUCACCUGUGAUCACAGUACCUAGACCCCGACUGGGACAAGCCUUACAGUACGAUAUGGAUCUCGAGUGCCAUGUCAUUGCUUAUCCACCACCGGCAAUCACUUGGUGGAAGGACGAAGUGCAGCUAUCGAAUAACCAACAUUACGCCAUUUCACACUUUGCCACUGCUGACGAAUUUACCGACACAACGUUGCGUAUCCUCACGGCCGAGAAGCGCCAGUACGGCAGGUAUUAUUGCCGUGCCGCCAAUAAGUUGGGCACCGACCAGGCCUCCGUCGAGCUCUUUGAGACGGAGAUUGGUUUUCGAAGAUAUCCGGUCCAACUUCAUUGGGCGUCAGAGAGCAGCAACCGAGCAACAUCCUUCGAUACUUUUCUCAGCAUUUGUAGCACAAACAGCUAUUCUUAUCUCGUGCGAAUCUCUUUCUCGUUCUUUUUCUCAUGUCUGAAUUGAUCGUCAACGCACUGCAACUCAAUCCCUCCAUUUAAUUUUUUAGUUUUAAUCGACAAGACAAACAAAAAUGUUAAACGUUCCAUGUUGUGAGACGCUGCUUGCAGUAAAAGAGUAUGUAAAAAUAUGUACCUCUCGGGACAAUAGCAAACAACAUCAGGUACGUAUAUAGUAUAGGGUGUUUGCACACACACACAUUCCAUCACUUGUUGACGCUGGUUUAUUCUACCGUGUGUGUUUGUAACUGUGCAGGGAUUGUCUGUUAUUUUUUUAUUUCGAUCUUAUUUUUCAUUUCUUUUUUUUAAGCAUUAGUGCCACAACAAUCCUUUGAACAAAUAAAAAUGUACCAUAGUU